UGACGCGGAUUCCAAACUUGAGAAACAUAUUCUAAAAUGCUUCGUACAAACGUACAAUAUAGGAUUUUAACGGUUUUGGCUUCGGUAAAACAUUUGGAAACACGCAUUAUGAACCAAGUGCUUUAGACGCUUUUUUAACUAUAUUAUCUACGUGAAAGAGGUCUGACCUCGGUGGCGCGUCUUGUCGCCGCCGUGUCGCCGUCGUGUCGUCGUCGUGUCGCCCUCAACGCACAGAGAACAACUUGACUGUUUUCUCGAGCGAGCAUCAUUUAAAUUCUAUGAGCGCGGUGUAGUGUCGUGUCCGUCAUUCGUUUCACGGCGCAUUUGUCAAUUCUUUGGUGUAAGUGUUGGGCAACACUUUGCGCCGCGUCGCCAAAUGUUUUAUUUAACAACAUAAACAUGUCACUGUUCAUGUACAACGACACAUUUUGUUGGGUAUUAUUACUGACGCCAACGUUUCCACUGUUGCUGCGUGUCGCGGCAUGUCGCGGCGGUCGCGACGGGCGACGGCGUGGUUGUGCCAUUAGAGUACCUACAAUCAUAUUAUAAUAGAAUUAGUAUUGAAUCGUCAGCGGUAAGUAGGUAAUGGUGCGGUGAGCGGUAAUGAGCUGCGCGCGGUAAUUGGCGCUGUGAGCAUUUCGCCGUGGGAGAAGGGGGCCGGGAGGGGGCGCACGCUCCGCUGCCCUCUUAUUUGUACUCUAAUUUCGGGUGACCUUUAGCUAUGGUGCACAACCACCGCGCCCUCGCACCUGACAUUUGCGGGUGGCGCACCGGCGCUGCGGGCACACAACCGCACCGCACCGCACCGCACCGCACUUGCAUUGUCUGUUCACUACAAAUAUCGAUGAAUCAUUAACACCAAUAUCGCAGAUAUUACACUGUGAGAGAGUGAGUAUCUCUCCCGCAGGUGGGCAGUGCCUUCAAACACCACGCAGCGCUGCCAAUUUGAUUCAGCUUCCCGGGAAAAUUAACCUGUGUGGUGACGCCACCUCGAUGUGAAUUUAAGGAUAGUGCCGGUCAGAGUAUCUCGAAGUGUCGGAUAGUACUGGUGAGUGUUGGGUAGUAUGGACUAGUAAUCAAAAAAGUCAAAUCAAAUUUAAACUGUCUCGUGCGUGUUGAACGUGACCCGGUGGUCACCUGUCAUGUGACAUCUCAUUGUAAGACAUAAAGGUUGUGUUAAAGCGUCAACGAAGCGUGUUACAAUGUUUGGUGUCGCUGUGGGGUCCCGUCACAAAGCUGUCUCAUGGACAAGGUAGCGAGCGGUGCGGUGCGGUGCGAGCGCAGGUCUUGUUAAAUACGUACAAGUAUUAUCUCUACCUCUAAUUUCGCGGUUAUGAAGCUGUAGGAUCGCUUUUUAGCCGACUGACAAAGAGGUUAAAGGUGUUAACGCGAAUUGUCGGGCCGCAGCCACGUCGGCGGCUUCUUCGACACGCAGAUGGUGCUCGACCUGAACGAGGAGUCCGGUGACCUCAUCAAGUCGCCGUCGCCGCCCCCCAGCCACGACGGCUCGGCGAGCGGCGAGGGCGACGGCAGCGGAGACGAGCGCCCCCCCUCCGAGCACUCGCCGCCCCGCGCUCCGCUGCCCCGCGGCGCGCUGCCGCCUUCCAGCGUCGCUGCCACCGCCGCCACUGCCGCUGUUCUGAGUGCGGUGCAAAAUGCUGCGCAGAGUGCGGCGCAGUGCGCGGCGCAGAGUGCGCAGGGCGCGGGGAGUGCGGGGGGCGCGCUGGCGCAGCUGCAGCAGCUGCUGCUAUCGCAGCACGGAGCGCACUCGCUGCUUCUCCACACGCAGGUGCAGCAGGCGGUGGCGCAGGCGGCGGCGCAGCAGCUGCGGCAGCUGCAGGCGCGCGUCGGUCUCCCGCCCCCCGGCUCGGCAGCGUUCUGUGGCGACGAGGCGAGAUCGCCCUCGCCGCGGCGGACGCCACCGGGCGGGGGCGCAGGUGCGUUCUUGACACCCCUCACACCCUUGACGCCGCUCGCCCCGCUGACGCCGCUGACGCCGGGCCCGGGGCGCGCGCGCUCCCCCGGCGCCUCGCGCACGCCGCUACACGCGCACGCGCACAAGCCGCGCGCGCUCGAGCCUGCCGCUGACGACACAGCCGACUUAGAGGAGCUCGAGCAUUUCGCCAAGACCUUCAAGCAGCGCCGCAUCAAACUCGGGUUCACGCAGGGCGACGUGGGGCUCGCCAUGGGCAAGCUGUAUGGCAAUGACUUCUCGCAGACGACGAUUUCGCGCUUCGAGGCGCUGAACCUCAGCUUCAAGAACAUGUGCAAGCUGAAGCCGCUGCUGCAGAAGUGGCUGGAGGACGCGGAUUCCUCGCUGGCGGGCGGCGGCGCGGCGCCGGGCGCGGGCGCGGCGCUGGCCGAGGCGGUGGGGCGCCGCCGCAAGAAGCGCACCUCCAUCGAGUCCGGCGUUCGCGUCGCGCUCGAGAAGGCCUUCCUCCACAACCCCAAGCCCACCAGCGAGGAGAUCGCCGCGCUCGCCGACGCCCUCUGCAUGGAGAAGGAGGUCGUGCGCGUUUGGUUCUGCAACCGGCGGCAGAAGGUUAGCUUACGACUUUAUUCCUCUAAUUAACAAAGACAAGGAUCUUGUAAUAUCUCGACGAAUUUUCGCUAAAGAUUGACGAUUUCGAUGGAAAACGAUUAUGGUAUAUAAAAUCUUCCUUUGUUCUGUUAUAAACACCGUAGAUACUCUCAAUAUUCCCGACGC